UUGCUAGUUGCUCCUCUUGACGCGGCAUCUCUUCCCCUACGACUUUCCUUUCUCUUUACUCUGCAAUCUCUCUCUCUCUCGCUCUCUCGCUUUUCAAUUCCAUUAUCACAAACCCAACACAACCGACCGAAGCACAGACACAGAAAAGGGCAAAGAAACCGAGAAACAGAGGAACAGAGGAGAGAAAACAGAGAGACUAUAACAGAGUGGGCGAGAAUGAUGCUGCGGUCGUGCUACAGGCCGCUGGAGCGCUGCUUCGUGGGGAGGCUAGGCUGUGGCUGUGGUGGAGGCGGCGAUGGGCUGCUCUGGCACACGGACCUCAAGCCCCACGCGUCCGGGGACUACUCUAUCGCGGUGGUCCAGGCCAAUUCCAGCCUCGAAGACCAGAGCCAGGUCUUCACGUCGCCCUCCGCCACCUAUGUUGGUGUCUACGACGGUCACGGUGGCCCCGAGGCUUCCAGAUUCGUCAACAAGCGCCUCUUUCCUUAUAUGCAAAAGUUUGCCACAGAGCAAGGCGGGUUAUCAGUGGAUGUGAUAAAGAAGGCAUUUGAUGCCACUGAGGAGGAAUUCUUGCAUUUGGUGAAGCGAGCAUUGCCAGCACGGCCACAAAUUGCUUCAGUUGGGUCAUGCUGUCUUGUUGGUGCUAUUUCAAAUGAUGAAUUGUAUGUGGCAAAUCUUGGGGACUCGAGAGCAGUUCUUGGACGGGGAGCUUUGGAGGGUAAAAAAAAAUCGGUUGUGGCCGAACGAUUGUCGGAUGAUCAUAACGUUGCAGUUGAGGAGGUGAGGAAGGAAUUAGAAGCCCUGCAUCCCGAUGAUGCACAUAUUGUGGUCUACACCCGUGGAGUUUGGAGGGUUAAGGGAAUAAUUCAGGUGUCAAGAUCUAUUGGCGAUGUCUAUCUUAAGAAGCCUGAGUUCAACAGAGACCCAAUUUUCCAGCAAUUUGGGAACCCUAUUCCUUUGAAGCGGCCAGUGAUGACAGCAGAACCCUCAAUCCUAGUAAGAAAGCUUAAACCACAAGACUUAUUCUUGAUAUUUGCAUCAGAUGGCCUCUGGGAGCAAUUAACUGAUGAAGCAGCAGUAGACAUAGUGUUCAAAAACCCGAGAGCUGGAAUUGCUAAGAGAUUGGUGAGAGCUGCCAUUCAGGAGGCUGCAAAGAAGAGAGAGAUGAGUUAUGGUGACAUAAAGAAAAUUAAAAGGGGAAUUAGGCGUCAUUUUCAUGAUGAUAUCACUGCUGUCGUAAUUUACCUUGACCACCAAACACGUUCCUCAAAUGCUAGACUGAAGCACAAUACAGUUUGCUGCACCAGUGCACCGGUUGACAUCUUCUCUCUCAAUACAGAUGAGACAGAAGAAACAGAAGAUGAUCUUCUUUACCCAGUUUCCUAAAGAAACGAAAACCCUUUAAAGGUUGACUGACAACUGAGCAAAGGUCACUAUUACAUAAUAAUUGAAGGAGGACAAAGUUUUCCCUUAAACUGUGUUGGUGGAAACCUUCGAUCCAGUAUAUUAAGCUGACAUUUAUUUUUAGAGUAAGUGAUUCUCACAUGUGAGAAUCACGUACUCUAAGAAUAAAUGUCAAUUUAAUAAUUUUUCCAACUCAAUUUAAAAGAAAAGUAUGUAUACUCAGAGAAGAAUGUUUAUUCCUUUUUUUAUUUUUAUUUUUUUAUUUUUUUUUCUUUUUAAAGGAUUCAUUGACAGAAGGUGCAGUUUUACAGAUAAUCGGGUUUUAUUGGUUGAUAAAUGGUAUUUUUACAUCUUUUAUUCA